CGAACAUUUUCAUUUAUAAAAAAAAACAAUUCAUAAAAAAAAUUGUGCAUGAAAACUGAAACUGAAAGAUAUGAAUGACACCUCAAAUGACACGGUCAAAGUCAAAUAGGACCAUUUUUCACGAUUUUUCUUAACGGAGAUAAACUUGAAAAAGUACUCUAGUCUCGAGAAAGAAACUGUAAAAAUGACGGAAACUGACGCCACAAAAAGACCGCUUACAAUGCCUGAAAAGUUCAUACCGUAUCUUGAAAAGUAUAGAGUUUAUAAAGUUUUCAAGGACAUGACCGAAGAUUUAAUUGUCCAUCUCCCGAAGGACCACCUUAUACACAUGAAGGUAUUCCUUGGACGACAUUUACAUAGUACAGGGGACAUAGAGCGUAUCAUGAUGCUCGUUUCUCCCAAUCUAAAAAUAGAUAUCAAAAGUUUGACGAAAGAGCUGAUAAGAGAUAUGGGAUUCAUAGUAAUAACUCGCCGAUGUGUGAUGGACCGUUACGAAAGGCAUGAUGACUACAUCCCAGGCUGUAUCUCGCCGGUGCUGAUGUCAGAGGUCACGAAACAGCUUGCUUGCAAGGAGCCCGUCGCUCAAGCUGGCUGGCUUAUGUUCGAUCACCCGUGCACAGUCCGCGAAGCGCGCUGCCUGCAGCAGGACGGCAUAUUCCCGACCGUGACCCUGGUGCUGACGCCGACGCCGCCGCAAGCGCCGCCAGCUGACGACCCGCUCACUCCGUCCAGAAACUUCUUCCAGCAGGACUUUGAAGGACUCAAGUUUGCUUAUAAGGCUACGCUCAAAGUUAGUUACCGUCUCUAUUCCAAGCUUGAAACCUUACGUGGAAGAAUAACCGGCUUGCCAGAAGUUUUCUUCGUAGAUUUUGGUGGGGCGGCUUUUGCCUUGGACGGUGUCGGUGAGGGAGAGCCAGAAAUCGGCGAACCAAAGCCAAACUCGUCGUCUGAGGACAUGUUUGUGUGGUAA